GGGUGAAAGUGCAAGAGGAAGUGCAGCCGCUGCCAUCUUUCCUCCGCUCCGAACACACGGAGCCCGGGGCCGCAGCGCCGCCGCUUCGUCGCUGCCUUCGCCUGGCCUGGGGAAGGGCCCACCCUGCCGCCGUCGCCGCCCGCCCGCUCCAGCCGCCGCCGCCGCCACCACCAGCCAAGCUCCCGGACCCGGCCCGCGCCGCCACCCCCGUGCGCGCCCCUCCGCCGCCGCCUUCGCCUUUUGUUUCCUCCGCUCCGGCGCCCCCGCCCCGGCUCGCGCUUUGCAGGGGACGCAGCGCGCGCCCCCAGCGGGCCCGGGAAAAGCCGCGGCGCGCGCGCGCGCCUGCGCGGCGGACCCCUCCUCCUCCUCCUUCCCGCGUGUGCGCGCCCCUCUUGGCUGCGCGCCGGCGCCGCCUGGCGGGCGGGAGGGGAGGCGGCAGGCGCGUUUGCAGGAGGGGCUCACCUCUUCGCUCGCUUACCCCCCGGAAGGUAGACCGCGAAGGGGAGGCGGGCGGGCGGAGAGAAGAGACGAGCGCGCGAUCCAGCGGGGGUGGGGGUGGCUAUGUGGGGGGUGGCGCACCCCGCCGUCUAGACUGUCCGAUACGGGCUGGGGGCGUGUGCGCUCGGCGCACCUGCGAGACUAAAGAGCCCCGGGGGGGGCACGUGUGGGGAGUGUGGACACGUCUGCUGCGCCCCGCUUCUCACUGCCUAGGGGAAGGGAGGGGGCGGGCAGGUGCGGCGGCCCGGCCAUUGGGAGGGGGCGGCGGCCAUGGAGCGGGUGAACGACGCUUCCUGCGGCCCGUCGGGCUGCUACACCUACCAGGUGAGCAGACACAGCACGGAGAUGCUGCACAACCUGAACCAGCAGCGCAAAAACGGCGGGCGCUUCUGCGACGUGCUCCUGCGCGUGGGCGAUGAGAGCUUCCCCGCGCACCGCGCCGUGCUGGCCGCCUGCAGCGAGUACUUUGAGUCGGUGUUCAGCGCCCAGUUGGGCGACGGCGGAGCUGCAGACGGGGGUCCUGCUGAUGUGGGGGGUGCGACGGCAGCCCCGGGCGGCGGGGCCGGGGGCAGCCGGGAGCUAGAGAUGCACACUAUCAGCUCCAAGGUGUUCGGGGACAUUCUGGACUUCGCCUACACUUCCCGAAUCGUGGUGCGCCUGGAGAGCUUCCCCGAACUCAUGACGGCGGCCAAGUUCCUGCUGAUGAGGUCGGUCAUUGAGAUCUGCCAAGAAGUCAUCAAACAGUCCAAUGUACAGAUCCUGGUGCCCCCUGCCAGGGCCGACAUCAUGCUUUUUCGCCCCCCUGGGACCUCAGACUUGGGCUUCCCUUUGGACAUGACCAACGGGGCAGCCUUGGCAGCCAACAGCAAUGGCAUCGCAGGCAGCAUGCAGCCCGAGGAUGAGGCAGCCCGGGCUGCUGGUGCAGCCAUUGCGGGCCAAGCCUCCCUGCCUGUGUUACCUGGGGUGGACCGCUUGCCCAUGGUGGCUGGACCCCUGUCCCCCCAACUGCUGACUUCCCCGUUCCCCAACGUGGCAUCCAGUGCCCCUCCCCUGACUGGCAAGCGAGGCCGGGGCCGCCCAAGGAAGGCCAACCUGCUGGACUCAAUGUUUGGGUCCCCAGGGGGCCUGAGGGAGGCAGGCAUCCUUCCAUGUGGCUUAUGUGGGAAGGUGUUCACUGAUGCCAACCGGCUGCGGCAGCACGAGGCCCAGCACGGUGUCACCAGCCUCCAGCUGGGCUACAUCGAUCUCCCUCCUCCGAGGCUGGGUGAGAAUGGGCUACCCAUCUCUGAAGACCCCGAUGGCCCCCGCAAGAGGAGCCGGACCAGGAAGCAGGUGGCCUGUGAGAUCUGCGGCAAGAUCUUUCGUGAUGUGUACCAUCUCAACCGGCACAAGCUGUCUCACUCCGGGGAGAAGCCCUACUCCUGCCCUGUGUGUGGGCUGCGGUUCAAGAGGAAAGACCGCAUGUCCUACCAUGUGCGGUCCCAUGAUGGGUCUGUGGGCAAGCCCUACAUCUGCCAGAGCUGUGGGAAAGGCUUCUCCAGGCCCGAUCACUUGAACGGACAUAUCAAGCAGGUGCACACUUCUGAGCGGCCUCACAAGUGUCAGACCUGCAACGCUUCUUUUGCCACCCGAGACCGUCUGCGCUCCCACCUGGCCUGUCAUGAAGACAAGGUGCCCUGCCAGGUGUGUGGGAAGUACUUGCGGGCAGCGUACAUGGCAGACCACCUGAAGAAGCACAGCGAGGGGCCCAGCAACUUCUGCAGUAUCUGUAACCGAGGUCUCCAGGCACCAGGAGCCCAUCCCGAAUGGGGGAGCAGCGUUCCACUGCGCCAGGACCUAUGGCAACAAAGAAGGCCAGAAAUGCUCACAUCAGGAUCCGAUUGAGAGCUCUGACUCCUACGGUGACCUCUCAGACGCCAGUGACCUGAAGACACCAGAGAAGCAGAGUGCCAACGGCUCUUUCUCCUGCGACAUGGCAGUCCCCAAAAACAAAAUGGAAUCGGAUGGGGAGAAGAAGUACCCGUGCCCCGAAUGUGGGAGCUUCUUCCGCUCUAAGUCCUACUUGAACAAACACAUCCAGAAGGUGCAUGUCCGGGCCCUCGGGGGCCCCCUGGGGGACCUGGGCCCUGCCCUCGGCUCACCUUUCUCUCCCCAGCAGAACAUGUCUCUCCUCGAGUCCUUUGGGUUCCAGAUCGUUCAGUCGGCCUUUGCAUCAUCUUUAGUGGAUCCUGAGGUUGACCAGCAGCCCCUGGGGCCUGAGGGGAAGUGAGGCAGAUGCUGCGUCCCCACGGACACAGCCACACGGGGACUGCUGAGAAAUGCUGUGAAUGCGGAGGGAAGUGAUGUCUUUGGGUUCUGUAGCUGAGAGAUUUUUAUUCGUUUUUAACUCCUUCCCCCCCAACCCCGACCCAACUCCCUCUCCACCAACUGUUCCCCCAGUGGUCUUUAGAAAUAGAUUUUCUCCUGCUAUUCUGCAGAAAUAUCAGCGAGACCCAGAAUGGGACGAGGGCAGAAAACACUACAUAGGCCUCCCAGGCAACACCAGUCCCAGUUCCCCUAAUGGGUGGAAGCUGGAAUUCCUGGUGCUCGAUUCUUAGUGACUCCCAUCCCAAACCCAAACCCAAACUCCAUGGCAUUCUGGGACCUCAGUGAUUUUGGUCUCCUCCCACUUCUCUGAUUCCUCAUUCCCCCCUUUCCAUAUCCCUUAAAAAAAAAAAAACACUCAGUAGGGUCUCCACCCACUUAUACAACGCUGAUGCCCAGCUGAUUUUAAGGAAGCCAGAAGCCUACAGCAUCCCACGGACCAUGGGGUGAGCGUCCUCCAAGAGCCCCCCUGAGCUCAGCCCUCAGCCUGGAGGGCUCCAGACCUUCCUGAGCCCUGUGUGGAGGGAGGCUAGCACUUCGCUGCUAGGACAAGCUCAGCUAUUGAGGACACCCCCACCCCAAAUUCCAGUUCUUACGUGAUUUUAACCAUUCAACUUGCUGUUGGGUUUUAAUUCUCUAAUUAUUAUUAUUAUUGUUAUUAUUUUUUAGGACCAGUUGUAGUGAAUUGCUACUGAAAGCUAUCCCAGGUGAUACAGAGCUCUUUGUAAACCGCAGUCACACGUUAGGGUUAGUAUUAAACUUUGUUUAGAUGUACCAUAAUUAACUUGGCUAGUUGAUUGUUUGAAGUCUAUGGAUGAAAUAGUUUUAUGCAAAAUUUUAAAAAAUGCCAGUCUGGUCAGGGAGGUAGGGGGGUUUCAGUGCUGUUUGGAGCCAGGAAGGCAGAAGAACCAGCAGGUAGGGACAUUGUGUACCUCGGUUGUGUCACACGUGAGCAAGCCCAGGUUGACCUUGUGAUGUGAAUUGAUCUGAUCAGACUGUAUUAAAAACGUUAGUACGUUACUCUA